AUGGCUAAAUUCAUCAAAUCAGGUAGAGUUGGUAUGUAAAAUAAUACAACAAGAGAGUCAGAUAGACCAUGUUGAAUUGAAGACUGUGCUGAGAAUACUGUUUUUAUGAAGUUUAACGCAAGGCAUCUUGAAAAUUUACAAUUUGAAUCGAAGAACGGAGAAACUCAUGAUCUGCAUAAGCAAAUGACAUGAUCUAGAGAUAUUGCAUUACAAGUAGAUUGGGAAUUACAACUGGAGAACUACUUGUUUAAGUUUAGGUUUAGGUAUAUUUUUCAAUCAAGUGAAAUCAUCUCAAAAUCAUGUCAAGUUGCAUACAAGAAGUGUCACACAAUCAAAAUUUUGCAAAUAAUGGUCAUAAAUAUAAAAGAGUACUUAUACUAACUCAAUUUUAGCUAUUGUUGUUCGUGGUAGAUAUGCUGGUAAAAAAGUAGUCAUUGUAAAACCUCAUGAUGACGGUACCAAAUCACACCCAUUCCCACAUGCCAUUGUUGCUGGUAUUGAAAGAGCACCAUUAAAAGUUACUAAAAAAAUGGAUGCUAAAAAAGUUUCAAAAAGAACCAAAGUUAAACCAUUUGUCAAAUUAGUCAACUACAAUCAUUUAAUGCCAACUAGAUAUUCAUUAGAUGUUGAAAGUUUCAAAUCAGCUGUUACAUCAGAAGCUUUAGAAGAACCAUCACAAAAAGAAGAAGCUAAAAAAGUUGUUAAAAAAGCUUUUGAAGAAAAAAAUAAUGCUGGUAAAAAUAAAUGGUUUUUCCAAAAAUUGAGAUUCUAA